GUUAUCUCGUGAUUUGAAAUGCUCCGGACCUCCAGGCCAGCAGGGGGCGAUGGCUCCACACGUCUCAUCCAACUGAAAAGCUCACUGAGCAUGCGCAAAGCCUUUACCCCGGAAGUGCCCGCCGUAAACAGCCCGCCGCGCAGUCCCCCCGCGCGCCCCGCACCUCGCCCGCAUGUCUCAGAUCGAGAUGCUGCGGCUGCUCAUCACGCAGCGGCUCACCGCCGCCGCGGAGGAGAUCUUCGGCGUGUUCGGCAGAACCAUCGCGGAGUACGAGGACGAGAUCUCCCGCUCCAAGAUGGAGAUCUCCCGCCAGCGCCGGCUGCUGGAGCUCUCCAGGAAGCCGCAGGUGUGUCUGCAGGAGGAGGAGGAGGAGGAGGAGGAGGGGGGGAGUUCAGCGCUGCAGGAGCAGCGGGGCUGGAUGGAGGCACCUCCCAUCAAGAAGGAGGAGGAGGAGGAGGCGCAGCUGUGGUCGGCUCGGCAGGAGGAGCCGAGCGAGGAGUUUGUGUUCUUCCAGAGCGGCGGCGCGAGGAGCGAGCCGGACGACGACGAGCGCCACCGCGACCGCACGACCUCGCCGCUCGCCACGCUCCAGGACCCGGAGGACUCUGAGCCGGGCCCCCUGCCGGGCCCCCUGCCGGGCCCCUCGCUCCGGCAGACCUGCUCCGCCGAGGACGCGCCGGUGUUCGGCGCCGGGCGGCCGGCCGCGGCGGCGGACUCGUACAUCUGCGCCGUGUGCGGCCGCGCCUUCGCCCAGCGGAGCCUGUGGGCCAAACACGUGCAGGCGCACCGCGCCGCCGACCCCAGCGUGGACAAGUCGUACACCUGCGACAUCUGCGGCAAGCGGCUCACGCGGUUCGACGGCUACCAGAAGCACCUGAGGAUCCACACCGGCGAGAAGCCGUACACCUGCGGCGCGUGCGGCCGCCGCUUCAGCGACAACUCCAACUACAAGCGGCACAUCCGCACGCACCCCAAGACGCCGAGCUGAGGGGCGGAGCCAGGGAGUCUGGCCCCUCCUCUUUGACUAUGGGGGCGUGUCCGCCAGACUUGAAGAAUAGUUUGUGUCCUCCAGACUUGAAGAAUAGUUUGGCUCCUCCUCUUUGACUAUGGGGGCGUGUCCUCCAGACUUGAAGAGGAGGAGCCUAACUCCUCAGGUCGUUCUGUUUUACUGUCGCGCCAUGAAUAAACUUUCUGUGUUUUCAUAUUUCACGUCGGUGAAAGAAGACGAAGAGACAUAUUUAUAUUUGGUACUUUUGUAUGUUUUUAACAGCGUUUGGAGGAAACUCAACGUGUCUUAAUGUCUUUUUACUUAAAUGUAUCUUAAAGGAAGCUCCGCCUCCUUAUGACUGUCCAAUGAGUGCAGGUGGUUAAUGUCGUCGCUCUGAGCUGUGCCUACAUGUCCCAGAAUGCAUUGCGCUCGAUUACAGAACGAACGGAGGAAAUAAAUCUAAAAUGUCUUUCAGGGAACUUCAUAUUUAAUGAGGUUUGUCUUCUGGCCCCGCCCCUUCAGGAGGAGCCUACAUAGAGGAGUUCAGGGACGUCAGGAACAUUUAAAACUCAGAUUAUUAGACAUAAACAUGGCUGCCCACACAUGAAAUAUAACAUCACUAUUAUUAUAAAUCCUUUAAUAUGAAAGGACUAAAGUCACGAGACCAGAACGGAUCCACGUUAUUGAUAUCAAUAUAUAUCUAUAUAUAUAUAUUAUGUCCCUGAACACCGAGUAAUAAAAGGAAGUGAUUGAAAACUUU